AUGUCACAUGUACAAAAUGGCACUCCUACGAGAUCCCCGUCAAAGAGAAAAGAAAUAAUUGAUUCAUUGGCUACGGCUAGUAGGAUUCCCAUCCUCUCGCCGGUGAAAACUCCGAACGGACGUGCAGGGUUACGAUCCCCAGAAAAGAGGACUAAUGCAGACUUGGACAAGUCCGCGAGAAAAAAGGCACAUCAAACCUUGUACGAUAAAUUGAUGAAUGACGAGCUAGAUUCGGAUGACUUUCUUGAUAAGCAGGAUAGGAAAUUGGCCGAGAAUAUUAUACGACUGUCGCGAAAUGAACCUGCAAAUGAAGAUGCUGACGCAGAUAGGAAUUAUGGCAGUGAUGUAGAGCUAGAGCUUGACUUGACUGCUGUGUCUAAAAAGGGAAGGCGGAUUAAAAGAAGAUACAGCGAAAAGGACUUUGAUGAUGAGCAUGAAGUCAUGUCUGACUCAGAAGUUCUGGAAGAAAGUCUUGGUGAUAGUGAUAGCGAAUCUGAAGACUCUGCAUCAAAACAAUUUUCAUCACUAUCCAAGAGGUUGGGUGCACAUACAUACAAAACAAGAACACAAAAAGAUUCAAAUGGAAAGAGGAGAAGGAUAGGAAGCCAAGGUGUCGCAGAAAAAGUCAAAAGUAUUUUCCACCAAGAUGAUGAACUCUUCGAUCAAGACUCUGCCGCUGAUUUCGAACUGCCGCCUCCAGUGGUGCCAAACGUGCCCAAAAAGUCAUUUGCCAAUUUGUUAAUCAGUCAAUACUCGGAUAGAACUAGAGUACCCAUUGUCAGCGGAAUUAAUGCCAAAGAUAAUGAUCGAUCGAGACAACCAGAAAAGUUUGAACCCUUGCCAGUUCCCGAUUUAGAUGCCGAGGGGCAUAUAAGAGACGAUUCGUACCUAGAAAAGUAUUUCAAUGGAAAAGACCCCUCCAGGGUUAACCAAGAAAGAUUGUUGGACGAAAAAGUGUUUUCCAUGGAAGGGCCAGAAGGUUAUUUUGAACAGCUUCACAGGAGGUUUAGAGUAAACGCAAAGUCUCUAAUUGCAGUUGCUCCUCAUGUCAGCGAAAGGGAAUUUGAUAGGGCAAUCCACUUGAGUGAAAAGAUAAGCGAAAAUCAAAAGAGGAAGCUCUUUGAUUUGCAUAAGCUAUUAUUCAACCAGUGGUGCUUCGAGUUGAGUCAAAGUUACAAUUUGAUGUUUUACGGUGUAGGAUCGAAGUUGAAGGUGCUCAACGAUUUUGCUGAAAACUAUUUUGGUGGUUGGUGGGAUGAUAUUUUUGGCGGUGUACCGCCCAGGGCCUUAGUGGUUAAUGGGUACAAUCCCAAUGUUGACUUCAAGGCAAUCGCGCUACAAGUGGCGUCGGUCAUUCUACCUGGAGAAGAAAGCAUAUUUCCCAAGCAUGUUUCGGAAACUGUGCCGUUUCUAGUAGAUCAGAUGGAGAGAAGAAGGAAACUGUUACCUACUGGCAAAAUACUAAAACCCAAGUUGUUGAUGGUGGUGCAUAACUUAGAUGGAGAGGCGUUUAGAACAGACAAGAUUCAGGGGUUGUUUGCUCAGUUGAUGAGUAUUCCCGAAAUUUGGGUAGUAUCGUCCAUCGACCACAUCAACGCUCCCCUUCUUUGGGACCUGUCAAAGUCAAAAAGCAUGAAUUUGAUUUGGCAUGACUUGACAACUUACCAUACUUACUCCAUCGAGACAUCAUUCAAGGACGUGUUGAGCAUGGGUAAAUCAAAGCAGUAUAUUGGCAGUCUAGGAGCUAAGUUUGUCUUGAGAUCCUUAACUGAUAAUCACCGCCACUUGUACAAGAUCUUACUCGCAGAUCAGUUAAGCAAUAUGGAAGAUGCUGCCUCCUCAAAGGGCUUGGGAUUGAAAGGGUCGGUUAAAUUUGGAGUAGAUUUGAAAUCUUUGUACCAUCAGUGCUUGGAUGAAUUCAUCGUGUCGAAUGAAGUCACAUUCAGAACAUUUCUAAAAGAGUAUGUUGACCAUAAAAUGUGUCAGCUAGUCAAAGAUUCGUCAGGUUUGGAGAAAACGUUUAUUCCUUUCACGUUUGGUGAGAUACACGAACUACAAAAACGAGAGUUUGAUUAA